GUCACUCUACUUCUCCAUAUCCAGACCACCAUCCUCACCUUGCGACCUCGAAACCACAAUCACCUGCACUGCACUUGUUCAUUCUCUCCUCUACAAACACAAGUGAACCGCUAGACCGCCUACUCACCCGUUCACCACAUCCGAAAACCCUCCACAAUGUGCUCCGCCGACAUCUUCCUUGGCUUUCUGGCCGUCCUCUUCCCCCCACUACCUGUCUGGGUGAAGCGUGGCAUCUGCUCAGCAGACUCCAUCAUCAACAUUCUCCUCUGCGUCCUCGGCUUCAUCCCCGGCCUCAUCCACGCCUGGUACAUCAUUGUCCAAUACCCCGAGCCCGCCAGCGAAUACGACUCCCUCCCCCAGCAUGACCGCGAGGGCGGCCGCGUGACCUACGUCUUCGUCCACGGCGACGGACGUCAGCCCCAGCAGCAGGCCCGCCCGCACAAGGGCCAGCCCCAGCCCCAGCAGAACCACAACAACCUCAGCUACGGCACCGCCGGCAACUCGAGCCAGCAGCAGCAGCAUGGAAACGGCGGCGAGGGUAGCAGCGACGGCGCCGCGCCGCCCAGCUACGCCGCUGUUGUGGCCCAGGGCGACAACAAGGUCCAGACUCAUGACUAG